CGUGGCGCACAGAGAGCUCGAGAGAGGGAGGGAGAGGGACAUCUCCAGGGUGAGACCGCCGCUUGCCUCCACGGUCCGCACCACCACCACCACCACCCUCCCCACGGGCCGCUACUCCCCUGCGCCGUCGAAGAUCCACCACUGCCGCCAUGCAGGGCUCGCUGUUCCGCAGCGAGGAGAUGUGCCUGGCGCAGCUCUACCUGCAGUACGAGUCGGCCUACUGCUGCAUCAGCGAGCUGGGGGAGCUGGGCCUUGUGCAGUUCCGAGACCUCAACGGCCGCGUCAGCGCCUUCCAGCGCAAGUUUGUGAACGAGGUGAAGCGCUGCGAGGAGCUCGAGAGAAUCCUGCGCUUCCUGGACAAGCAGAUGUCCGCCGCGGGCGUGAAGGCGGUGCCCGAUGACCAGGACCAGGAAGCCCCUCUCCCCAAGGUCAUGAUUGACUUGGAGGUGACGUUCGAGCGCCUGGAGACGGAGCUCAAGGAGAUCGGCACCAACAAGGUGACGCUGCGCCGGAACUUCCUGGAGCUCACCGAGCUGCGGCACAUGCUUCACCACACGGAGCCGUACUUCGCCUCGGGGGAGUCCAGGGACUUCCUGUCGGGCGACACGCUGAUGCUCAUCGACCCGGCCAACGCCAACGCCGCCGCCGCCGCAGCCGCCGCCCCGGGACUCAAACUCGGCUCGGUGGCGGGCGUCAUCAACCGCGAGCGGCUGCCGUCGUUUGAGCGAAUGCUGUGGCGCGUUUGCCGGGGAAACGUCUUCCUGCGCCACUCGGAGAUUGAGCAGGAGCUGGAGGACCCCGUCUCGGGUGACCCUCUCAAGAAAGAUGUCUUCAUCGUGUUUUUCCAAGGAGAUCAGCUGAAGAGCAAGGUCCAGAAGAUCUGCGAGGGGUUCCGCGCCACCGUCUACCCGUGCCCGGAGUCCCCGAAGGAGCGCAGGGAGACGAUGGAGGGCGUGACCACGCGUCUGGAGGACAUCCAGACGGUGCUGGGCGAGACGGAGGAGCACCAGCGGCGGGUGCUGGCCAACGCGGCGCUCAGCUCGGCCGCCUGGUCCGUCAGGGUGCGCAAGAUGAAGGCCAUCUACCACGCGCUCAACCUGUGCAACGUGGACGUCACGCAGAAGUGCCUCAUCGCCGAGGUGUGGUGCCCCGUGGAGGACAUGGACUCCAUCCAGCGCGCCCUCCACCGCGGCACGAUCAAGAGCGACUCCACGGUGCCGCCCAUCCUCAACCGCACGUUCACCACGCUGCCGCCGCCCACCUUCAACCGCACCAACAAGUUCACGUCGGGCUUCCAGAACAUCGUGGACGCCUACGGCGUGGGGAAAUACCGUGAGAUGAACCCCACCCCGUACACGAUCGUCACCUUCCCGUUCCUCUUCGCCGUCAUGUUCGGCGACUGGGGCCACGGCUUGGUGAUGCUCUGCUUCGCCGUGUGGAUGGUGCUCAAGGAGAGGGAGCUCCUGGCCAGCAAGAGCGACAACGAGAUCUGGAACACGUUCUUCGGCGGGCGCUACAUCAUCCUGCUUAUGGCCAUGUUCUCCAUCUACACGGGCCUCAUCUACAACGACUGCUUCUCCAAGUCGGUCAACAUCUUCGGCUCGUCGUGGCACGUGCGCGCCAUGUUCCAGCAGGGCGUGUGGAGCGCUGAGACGCUGCAGCUCAACUCGCUGCUGCAGCUGGACCCCAACGUGACGGGGGUCUUCUCGGGGAACCCCUACCCCUUCGGCAUCGACCCCAUUUGGAACAUAGCGGGAAACAAGCUGACCUUCCUCAACUCGUACAAGAUGAAGAUGUCCGUCACCGUGGGCAUCAUCCACAUGAUCUUCGGGGUCAUCUUGGGCAUCUUCAACCACACGUACUUCCACGAGCCGGAGAGCAUCUUCCUGGAGUUCAUCCCUCAGCUGAUCUUCAUCCUGUGCCUCUUCGGCUACCUCGUCGUCAUGAUCAUCUACAAGUGGGUCAUGUACACGGCCGCCACCUCCUGGCACGCUCCCAGCAUCCUCAUCCACUUCAUCAACAUGUUCCUCUUCAACUACGGCGACAAGACCAACGCGCCGCUCUACAGCUUCCAGCAAGACCUGCAGACCUUCCUGGUGAUCUUCGCCCUCAUCGCCGUGCCCUGGAUGCUCUUCUUCAAGCCCUUCGUUCUGCGCUCCAAGCACCGCCGCUCGCAGCGCCUGCUCCAGAACUCGUACGUCAACGGCGGCUCCACGGACGACGCGGAGGUCGCGAGGGAGCCGCCGCCCGAGCCGGCGGAUCACGGCGGCGGAGCUCACGGUGACCACGGAGACCACGGAGAGUUUGACUUUGGGGACGUGUUUGUGCACCAAGCCAUCCACACCAUCGAGUACUGCCUGGGCUGCAUCUCCAACACGGCCUCCUACCUGCGCCUCUGGGCCCUCAGCCUGGCCCACGCCCAGCUGUCCGAGGUGCUGUGGACCAUGGUGCUCAAGAUGAGCCUCAAGAACGGGCAGUGGUCCGGCCUCGUCAUCGUCUUCUUCAUCUUCGCCGCCUUCGCCGUCCUCACGGUGGCCAUCUUGCUCGUGAUGGAGGGCCUCUCGGCCUUCCUGCACGCGCUGCGCCUGCACUGGGUGGAGUUCCAGAACAAGUUCUACCACGGCACGGGCGUCAAGUUCACGCCGUACUCCUUCGAGAGCAUGCUGGAGGACGGCGGCGGCGGGGACUCUGAGAGCUAGGCCCGGGGGAGCCUCUGACGGGGCCUGUCCCGGGGCCUUCUACGCAGCGGCCUCCCUGCUGCGGCCCAGCGGUCGCGCCACCCCCGGCGCUCCACGGCGUCGCUGCGUUUCAAGGCCCCGUUCCGCGUAGGCCGCUUUGCGGAGAUAAUCGUAAAAUGUUCAAAGUGAGUUUUUGUUUUGUGUUUAACCAGGUGGUGAGAGUGUCAUGAUGCCAGAGCGGCCUGGGUCACGGAAGCGACAAAAGCCACAACGUGAGCAAUGAAGCCAAUAGACGUCGGCGUGAAAGCAAGUGGCGUUGGGGGAAGAAAUUCCAGACGGGUCACAAACGUAGAUCAACGUCAAUUGAAGUUGAUUUCCCGCAACGAAAUUUGUCUAAGGUAAAAUCGCUAAAAAUUUAUUUUUAAAAAAGCGUUUUUAGUGAAACGAAGUUGCGGACGACGCGGAUUGAUGGGGGCGAUCGCAGUCGUGUCGGUCCCCACUCCGCUCUGCUGCCUCCUCCGCCGCAGAGACCUCCUGAGGCUCGUGGUCUCCUCUUCCCCCGUAGACCAGACGCCGUGAACGCGUUGGGCACCUUCCCGGCCGCAGCCCCGAGCAGGUCUUGCCACGUCCCACGGCGCGCCACUCUCCGCGAUGUGAUGCUUUCGUGACUGCAGGAAUCCAUACUCUUUGGUUCUUUCGGUAAAGUCACGUAGGUAUAAAUAAAAUAAAAUAAAUCGCUUUAUUUUUUAUUUUAUUUCUAACUACGUCACUUUACCGAAAGAACCAAAGAGGAUGCGUCACUCCUACUCGCAAGUGGCCGCGCUUUUGUGAAAUUAUUUUUCUUUGAAAAGAAAAUCCUCCUUGAGGCUUUCGGUUGGUUCCGUGAGCGUUGGAGUCGGUGGUCCGACUGCAUUUCCGAUGAGGGCCGGCACCGCUGCGUCGCCGGUACCCUCGGCGCCGGCUGCGUUGUCGCGCGCCCCAUGCCUCGUACCCCCCGUGCCUCGUGCCCUGUGCCACGUGCCACGUGCCCCGUGCCCCGUGCCCCGUGCCCCGUGCCCCGUGCCCCGUGCCUCCCGUUGCCGUCGCUCCGAUGGCAUCGACUGGGACCCCACCGCUCGGGUCACGGCGCUGUACGAGGCUGCGCCGUCGCGAGCAACUGUUGCCAUAAACCCGCAGUUGUCGGCCUCGGGGAACGGUGAACGCAGGGGGGGGGGGCGCGGGGGGUGGGGAUAUCA